GCGCUGCGCGCAUGGCAGCUCGAGGCUCCGCGGCCUUCACAUCUUUUUGUCUGAGAACUGGAUCCCUCUGCCGCUCUACAGUGUGCGCGAUAGCCUCCGAGCUGCGUCCGUAACACACUGUCAAACCACUCCAAACGAAAUACAGCCGCGACCAAAAGCAUUCAUUCAGCACCUCCAGCCAUGGCGUUUCCGACCUGCCGGUAAAUCGGUCGUAUUCGGGACUGUUCGCUGGAACUUGGUCCGGGGUUGGAUCGGGCUUGCUUUCUGUGUGCAUCAGUCUUUAUUAGCGAGCUGCCGCUCUCCUUGCUAUCAGCUAUUUCUUUAACUUUUUAAACACUCGGCUCGGCGAAUGACUGAGCGCCGGCGGAGUAUGGGAUCCUUGGUGUCUUAGGAAGCAACCGAAGUGGGCUUUAACCGUUUUUGCAUGCAAAAACAAUGGCAAAUUCGACGGGGAAAAAUCUACUAGAUCAGCGAAGGAAAGGACAGGCUUUCCUGGACGAGCUGCGGCAAUUUCACCAAAGCAGAGGAUCGCCGUUCAAGAAGAUUCCUAUCGUGGGUGGGAAAGAGCUGGACCUCAAUGCUCUGUAUGUGAGAGUCGUCUCUUUAGGUGGAUUUGCUAAGGUCUCGGACAAAAACCAAUGGAGCGAGCUCGCCGAGGACUUUAACUUUCCCAGGAAUUGCUCCAACGCGGCAUUCGCUUUAAAACAGUACUACCUGCGAUACUUGGAGAAGUAUGAGAAAGUCCACCACUUCGGCGAGGACGAUGAGGAAGCGCAGCCGGGGAAUCCCAAAGCCUCCCUUCCCGUCGGUGCCAUCCCCAGCACCUACAACUACCAGCAGCACGUCGUGUCAGACUAUCUCCGCCAAAGCUAUGGGCUCUCCACAGACUUCGCUCAGCCGUGCGACUACAACAAACUGGUGCUGUCGCUCCUGUCGGGCCUCCCCAACGAGGUGGACUUUGCCGUCAACGUUUGCACUCUGCUCUCCAACGAGAGCAAGCACGCCAUGCAGCUGGACAAGGACCCCAAACUGGUCACGCUGCUGCUGGCCCACGCCGGCGUCUUCGACGACUCUCUUGGCAGCUUUUCGGCGGUGUUUGGGAUGGACUGGAAGGAGAAAACCUCCCGGGACUUUGUCAGGUUUUGGAAAGAGGUGGUGGAGGACGCUGAAGUCAGGGAGCUGAUCUGGGACAAGAGCAGCCCGGCACAAGAUGGGAUGUCGUGUGAGCGCUGGCCGAGCCUCUUCCACCCGCCUCGGAACCCGGGUAUCAGCGACAUGGAGGCCCAGCGGGUGCUGCAGAUUGCCGUUAUCUUGCGAAACCUCUCCUUCGAGGAGGCCAACGUCAAGCUGCUGGCGGCCAACCGAACGUGCCUGCGCUUCCUUUUGCUCUGCGCCCACUGUAACCUCAUCUCACUCCGGCAGCUCGGGCUGGACACGCUGGGCAACGUGGCGGCCGAGCUCCAGCUGGAUCCCGUCGAUUUCCGGACGACACACCUGAUCUUUCACACCAUCACCAAAUGCUUGAUGUCCAGGGACCGCAAAGCCGACGACAACGGCGUGCUAAUCUGCGAGUACGUGGACCAGGAGUCGUACAGGGAGGUGAUGAUGCUCCUCACCCUGCCGGACCUCAUGCUCCUCAUGGCCUCCCUGGAGGUGCUGUACCUGCUGGCCCAGCUGGGCGAGAUCCCCUGCAGCAAGAUCGCCUCCGUGGACCGCAGCAUAGACCUGCUGGUGCGGUUAGUGUCGGUGGACCUGCACACGUUCGGCCCCGACGCCCUGACGGCGGUGCGGCUCAUCGAGCACCAGGCCAGCGUGGAUCAGGCGGCCGAGGUGCGCCCGCAGCUGGUGGAGCAGGUUCCGGCGGCCGGGCAGGGAGCGCAGGCACCAGGUGAGCCGCCGCCCCCCCCCCUUACUCCACCCGGCCGAGCUUAAAGCGCCGCUAGGGAUGAGGAAUGCAGGGAAAAGAGCCAGAAUCAGCCUAAGCCAGAAG